AUGGGCGCUAAACGCGCAUCUAAGCAGAGCCCGAAGAGAUCUCACGAAGAAGUCGAUGAUGACGACGAAGAGCCCGCCUUCGGUACACCGCCUCCCAAACGCGCAGCCAGGAGCACAAGCUCAGCAACAAAAGCCAAGACUACGAAGAAGAAGACGCCUGCUCCAAAGAAGCCUGCGCCCAAAAAGCCAGCCCCGAAGAAAGCAGCAGCCAAGAAACCCGCUCCUGCAGCAACACCCAGCUCACGUCCCUGGCGCAACCGCAAAGCACCAGAGCGUUUCGAGGAGUUUGAGGAAAAGCCCACUUCCAAAGCUGCCCCGACCAAGAAGGGAUCAAGCAAAGUUUUCGAUCCAGUUUACAUCACCACCAACUCCUCCAGCCGCCUAGUCAAAGCUGACAUCUACCACAUGCUCCUUGAAGGACCAGCCUGGACCAAUCUCAGCGCAGAGCAGCAAACUACACUCAUAUCUAUGCUCCCCGAGAAUAACACGCACCAAGCUCUGCUCGCCAAGAUCAGCGCCGGCAACACAGAAGACACACGGCCUUCAGCCUUCACGCUAGCAAACAACUGCUUCCGUACCGAUGUCGCCAAGUUCCAAGAAGAUCUCAAGAACGGUCAUUUGGCCAAGACGUGGCAGGCUGCUGCUGAGCAGGCUGUGAUUGAACGUGCGGCGGGGGAGUAUGACGAGUGGAAAGCGGCGGAGGCGGAGUCGUGGUGGGGUCAGAAGAGCAGGUGA